AUGAAUAGUCAAUUGAGUAUUACCACAAUAGCUUUGUUGUUGUUAUUAUUAUUAUUAGCUUCCAAUGUCACUGCUCAACCUGGAGUUUUCAAUAUAAGAAAAUAUGGUGCACCUAAUGGAGAUAUAACCAAUUACAAAUUUGUUUGUUUUUCAUAUUCUCUCGUUUUUCUUUUUGUAAAGGCUUUGAAGAGUGCUUGGAAAGAUGCUUGUGCAUCAUCAAGUCCAAGUAAAGUUGUGGUUCCUAGUGGUUGGUACAAGUUGCAACAAAUAGAUCUUGAAGGACCAUGUAAUGCUCCAAUUGAGGUUCGAGUUCAUGGAAAAAUUCUAGCACCAAAAAAUCCUUACCACCUCAAUGGACAAGAUCAAUGGGUUAGAUUUCAAUAUAUUAAUUUCUUUACCUUAUCUGGUAGAGGAACUUUUGAUGGCCAAGGUGAAAUGGCUUGGACGCAAAAUGAUUGUGGUAGAAAUACAAAUUGCAAUAGGCAUGCCAUGAAUUUCGGUUUUGCAUUCCUCAACAAUUCAAUUAUCCAAGACAUAAACUCAAAAGACAGCAAAUACUUUCACGCCAAUGUUUUCGGGUGCAACAAUGUAACAUUUAGAAAUUUCAACAUCAAUGCACCUGAAACUAGUCCAAACACCGAUGGAAUUCACAUUGGAAGAUCAACUAAAGUGCAAAUCAUCAACUCUAAAAUUGGCACUGGUGAUGAUUGUAUCUCUUUAGGAGAUGGUAGCAGACAAAUCACGAUUCGAAACGUGACAUGUGGUCCGGGACAUGGUAUUAGUGUUGGAAGUCUAGGAAGAUAUCCAAAUGAAGAACCUGUUGUGGAUCUUACUGUAAAAAAUUGCACACUAAAUAACACAGAUAAUGGUGUAAGGAUCAAAACAUGGCCUGGUACCUCAGUAGUUUCUAUCGCAUCUCAUUUGCAUUUUGAAGAUAUCAUAAUGGUUAAUGUCACCAACCCGAUUAUUAUUGAUCAAGAGUAUUGUCCAUGGAACCAGUGCUCAAAAAAGAGUCCAUCACAAAUUAAGAUAAGAAAAGUGCUCUUCAAGAACAUUAGAGGAACUUCUGCAACACAAGAAGGAGUGGCUUUGGUUUGUAGUCGUGGUGUGCCAUGUGAAGCUAUUGUACUUAGUGACAUAGAUUUAAGUUUCAAUGGGUCUAAAGCAAUUGCUAAAUGUGCUAAUGUAAAACCCACAAUUCGAAGAAAAGCACCCAUUUGUAUGGUUCCACAUGUAUAGUUAGGGUCUCCUUCAUUUUGACUACAAGUAGUGUAAAUAAUUUUCUCUUCCAUUUUCAUCAUCAAACCUUUGUAGGAAUUACUCCUUUAAGAUGAGAAACUAAAUUAA